AUGACGCUCUCCGACCUGGUCGAAUGCAUGCAAAACGUGACUUCCGUUCACCUCUCCGGCUCCCUGCGGAGAAUAUCCAUCACGCCAGGCUUCUUGCCACGCAAACCCCGCAGAGUGCGCCCGGGUAGAACUCGUGCGUCGUGGGCAAGCGGCUUGCGCCCCAGCCCGACGCUUCUGCAGCUCGAGCACCUCGAGUUGUCGCUAUCCCCAAGCCUGUUCGCGCUGUCCUUGACCGACGACGACGCGCUCGCCAUCGCACACGCCAUGCCCCGUCUGCGCAGCCUCGCCAUUGGCAACCGCCACUCCCGUGACGUGGGCAUGCCCUCCCCGCACGCGCUCCUCCACUUUGCGAAAUACUGCCCAGACCUGGGACAGCUGUCGCUCCAAUGGCUCGAGGGCACGCCGAUUCCGGAUCUAGGGGCUGUCCGCCUCACUACACCCCCACGCGCGCACGGGCUACGUUCCCUGUGUUUGUCGGCGGAUUAUAAGUCAGCGGUGGAUGCGCCGGACGCGCUCGCGGAGCUCCUCGACUAUCUGUUUCCACGCUUGACAAUUCAGCCGAAUAAGUUAACUUCAAUCUGCACUUGGGGCGAGACCGCCCGUCGGCUUGUGCUGCUCCAGCGCAAGAGAUGGGAAGCUGUAGGUGUUUCCGGCAGCCCUGUGGUACCCUGA